AUCCUUCACUGAAUACCACGCCACAUCACGCCAUACUCAAGAACCACCAGACACCUUUAUUUCAAGAUGCUGAGCCGCGUCCUAACAUCCCAGGCUGCAACGGUGCUUAAAAGUGGCGGGAGAAUCUUAUUCCCAAGGAUAAAAGAUAGUGUAGUACCUUCUAAGCCUGUCCCAAGACCACUCUUACCUGUUCUCGGGUGGAAUACUCGCUCAGGACGUGAAAAAUUCUGUUUUGUUGCUGGUGUUGUGUUGGGUGUUCUUGGCUUUGGGGCUGAUCUGAUAAUGAACUCCCAGACGCAUCGUACUACAGACAAGAGAUGGAUGAAAGUUCUUUGUAGUCUAGCGGUUCCCCACGUGCUGGCCAAGGAACCUCCAGCUGAGAGUGAGACUUGUAAAGGUCCAAAUGAAAAGCCGGAACCAAAACGUGAAUGCCCGGAUGAUACCACACCACCGUCAAAACCCCCACCUACAACCCCACCGCCGUCAAAACCCCCACCUACAACUCCACCACCACCGUCAAGACCACCUCCGUCAAGACCCCCAGCAGGACCUAUGUACAUGGGCGACGUUGAGAAGGGCAAGAAGCUGUUCGUGCAGAGGUGUGCACAGUGCCACACGGUGGAGGCGGGCGGCAAGCACAAGACCGGUCCCAACCUCCACGGUCUUAUUGGGCGCCAGACGGGUCAGGCAUCCGGCUAUGUGUACACGGACGCCAACAAGUCGAAGGGCAUCACGUGGGCCCCUGACACUCUCGACGUGUAUCUCACCAACCCGAAGAAGUACAUCCCUGGCACCAAGAUGGUCUUCGCUGGACUCAAGAAGAAGAAGGAGAGAGAAGACCUGAUUGCCUACCUCGUCAGUUCUACCAAGUAAACGAGAGGCUGCGAGGCAGCAAAAUUCAGUGCUGUCUGUCCUGUAGGCAAAGAAUCUGAUUGUCUGUCCUAGAUAGUUUUUUGUACAUAUGUACAUAACCCGCCUUGUGGAGGUGGUCUUCCCUACCCUAACCUUGCCCUUUGGUAAGCCAGCAAAUUUGUUUUGUAAUUUAUUUGAUCUUGUCCCCACACUCAUGGACCUGAUAUUUGGAGAUAUUUACAAACUGGAAAUCUUUCAUUCCACUAAUUUUAUUUUCAAUAAAUUAAGUGAUGUAC